UGAACUACAUUUUUAAGCAUGGUAUGGGGGCGACCGAGGCAAAAUAUCCAACAAUUAAUAACCAAUUGACUAGAAAAAAUGUGAUUAACCAUGGCAGUUUUGGAACCGUUUAUCGAGUGACAGAUAAUACGUUCGGUAAUACAACAAAAUUUGCUGUUAAAGUGGUCAAGGUGAAAGGUAAAGAGAAAAAUAAAUGGAUUAAAUCGAUAAGAGAAGUGGACAUAAUGAAAAGCAUGUAUCAUAAAAACGUAUGCCAGUACUUUGACUCGUGGUCAACCAGUAAUCGCAUUUACAUCAAGAUGCAAUUAUGUCACUGCACUCUUGACGAUCUAUUGCUAACCAAACACCAAAUUAAUUGUAAAAGCGAUAGCUGUCAAGCAGAGUUUGUGUAUAAAACCCCGGGCAUUUGUGCCGGAUCACCCUAUCAUCACCCAACUAUAUCAUCGGACAUGUAUUCUUUAGCAAUGAUGGCAAAAGAGAUAUUUGAUUAUGACUUUCGGACAAUGAGUUCCAGUAGUAAUACCGAUGGCAACGCUACCCAAGAGUUGGACUCUGAAGAAAUGGAUCCACAAGUAUUGCCACAAUUAAUCGGGAAAAAACCAAUUGGAAAAGGUAGAUUUGGUGAAGUGUAUAAGGUGGAUAUAAAGGGUGCACCAAAUCCAUAUGCCGUUAAAGUGAUUACAAAGGUGGUGAAGGGAGAAGAGGACAGGGAUGCUAAAGAAAGGGAGAUGGUCUUUAAAAACGAGUACCGGAGCUUAGGAUUAAUGACCAAAUUGUCUCAUCAACACGUGGUGCCCAUCAUUAAGACAUUGUGCACAAAUGAACCUGAUACGGUUUAUAUCCAAAUGCAAUUUUGCGCUUGUAAUUUGCGCGAGUUAAUAAAUACAAAAAACAGCAUGUUUGGCCGACCCGAUCUUAGUGAGUCCAAAAAUAACUAUCCCUAUACGGAGCCCAAUGACCUGGAAUAUUUUAUUAGCCUGUGUUGGCUGCGUGAAAUUACCCUGGGCUUACAGUAUCUACACUCAAAAUCAAUAAUUCACCGCGAUGUAAAACCCGAAAAUAUUGUGAUGGGCACCCUAGGUGAUGUAGGUGAUACACGGUGGGUGUUGAAGUUGGGUGAUUUUGGUUUAGCAAAAUUGUACCAAGCGUCCAGAAACAAUACUAACGAUGUGGGUACACCUAAGUAUAUGGCACCCGAGUUGGCCAUGGCCAGGUAUACACUCAAAGCUGAUUUGUACAGCGUGGGAAUUGUCAUGCCCGAGUUGUUUAACUACCGC